AUGGGAUCGGUUGCUAAGCAGUUCGAUAGAACGUGGAAUUUGGUGACGUUUAAUAGGGACAGUGACGGAUCUAUGGAAUCUCAGUUGUUUGUUGAAGUAGCUGAUCAAGCGAAUUUCGAUGAUGUUCUGUCUAAUACUAGCAGUGAUGAGUCGGAUUGGCCAACUAAACCGAAUACUGCGGAUAGUAGUGGUGGCAAUGAUAAUUCCGAAGAUAUCAUGGUUGUUAGUAUGGAUGAUACGGAAGAUACCUUUCUUGAUAAUAGCGGUGAAGAGGUGGAAGAUGAAGAAAGUACGGUUAGGAAGAUCUACAAUGCUCUUCUAGAGAAGUUACAGGGUUUAUCUACGUUGCAGGUGAUGUUUUUGACGUCUUCAACUACAGUUCUCGUGUACUUUCUUGUUGAGCAAUUGUGGAUGUAUUAUGGACUGAGGAAUAGUGAAUUUGGAAGGACGGUUGCAAGCUUGAUGCCUAUGGUGGUUCCUGGAGAGCCACAAGAAAAUACCGUGAUGUUUAAUAAUGUUGAGAUUUCAGUGCCAUUUGAAAGGUUUGGUACAAGGAAAUUUAUUGUAGAUUUUGAAAAAAAGGUUGCAUAUCCGAUCUCCUCUGCUGAUGAUUUUAUACCAACCCAGCUAGGUAAGCAGUUUUUGUCCAAGCUGAUGGCCUACCAGCUGCUUUUCCUGUACAGGUUGCAGUACGAGUGCUUACCCCGGUUAGCGUAUAAGUAUCAAAUUUUCAGGAACCAUGUAAACGAUGGAGUUGUCAGUCUUGGCACACUGCUAUCGCGGUCCGUCUCGGCGGCCAUGGAACCAAUAUCUAUAAAUUGUGGAUGCGCACGUGAUUUUAUACUGGAUUUCUACUACAGUAACAUUUAUACUACCUGGGGCACCCUGAGUGAAUCAUAUGAAGCGCUAGUUAGCGCAUUGAGUUCUGUGAGUGAGACCAUCUAUGAAAAACUGACACCGACAGGCCGAGUAUUGUCACAGGCUGUAGGAUAUUACCAUUUGCCGGAUCACGAUAUGAGUACCUGGAGUUUACUCGACGGCUGGAUCAGUAAGAAGUGGAUUCUGGUUUCUUCACAGGCAUGUAGGUAUCUUGAUAAGAUCAAGCUUACCUUCUCCAAGCAGUAA